AGAUUUAACGGUCGUGAGAUUUAAUCUAAAUACACCUACCAUUUAUAAAACAUUUAUUAACAUGUUGACCAAUAAAAUUCGCCAGCAGCUCGAGGUGUAAACUUUUAACAAACGACUUUAACGUUUCAUUUCAGACGUACAACACCUUAAUUAUGGAUUAAACGCUCUCGAAGAAUAAUAUAUAAAGAAAGGGGACCAUCUAUUUAUUUAUUUGUUCCUUUCGUUGUGUUUUCACUGUUUCAACAAUGAUACGAGCUGGACUUGUUUGCUUGUUUAUUUUCUAUAUUUUAGCCGUGGUAUCGUCCCAGUUUGUUAAUCCUUACGGCAAUGGAUGUCCCCCAUUUAUGUGCCCGCUGCAAUGCAAGUAUGGGUACGCUGUUGACAGUAACGGAUGUAAAAUUUGCAGAUGUUCUGCCACAGUAGAGCCUAUAAUAUACAACGGACCAAUGAAUCCGGGAGGCAACCCUUUCCAUCAGGGGGGAGCGUCAAUGGGCGGGGCAGUAACUCAAAGCCCCUCCUCUUCUUCCUACAAUAAACCUUGCGUGAAUGGCACAACGUGUGAUUUAACAUGUUCAAAUGGGUAUUACAAUGGACCAAAUGGAUGUCAAUUCUGUCUCUGUGCAGCGUCACAGGCUGUUAGCCAACCGACCAACACUUACGUAAACCCAUGUCCUGAUGCUGCCAGCUCGUGUGAUAUGGUUUGUAUGUACGGGUUCGAGACAGAAAGUAGCGGAUGUCAGCGAUGUUCUUGUAGAAACCCACAAAACACCGAAACUACAACUCCAGCACCCCCUGUCACAACCACUUUAUCAGAGGGUGAAUGUCAGCAGAAGAUCACGGAAUGUCAGCUUAAAUAUCCCUUUGGUUUUAUGACAGACGACUCAUGUACAAUGUGUAUUAGCAAAGAUGACAUUUACCCCCCAUUUAUAACUGAAGAACGACAGCCGAUGAUCCGACUUAGCAAUCCGUGUAUUCAAGGUUUCGAUGUUUGCCGAAUAUUCUGUGCGACCGGAUAUCGUACAGGGCCACGCUCGUGCCAGUACUGUGCUUGUAACGGAUAAAUAAAAUCAUGCAGCGCAUAAAUAAAACAUAAAUUGCAUAAAUAAAACAUGAAAUGCAUAAAUUAAACAAUGAGUUAAGAACACGUUGGAUUUUAAUUAGCACUAAUAUUUCUUUAAGUUGUUAAGCGGGCUUAGCAACUUAAGGGAAUUUUUUACUGAAAUGAAAAAAAUGUAAAAAUCUGAUUAAAAUAUUCCAAAUAUA